AAUCUGUGGAGCACCAUCACCAACCUAUUCGAUCCACCAUAGCGUUCUUUUCGCGGCUACAACGUACUCUUGGCCCACGGCUGUUCAGAAUGUGUUAUUACCACGCCUACUCUCACCGGUGCGGCCACACUGAGAUGGUGUUUCAGCAGCUCUGCGCAAAGGGUCAGAUGAUCCAGCAGAAGUGUGCUCGAGGUCAAGAAGGCAUCAUUCUCACAACGGUGAAAGUCGAGUAUCCCUGCAGCGCUUGCCCGAAAAAAGUACGUACCACUUCACGAGCCGGAUGAGUUGCAGCUGGCUAAAUCUCUGCUCAAGUGACCCACCCUCAGAGGCAUGGAGCUCCAAAUGGGAUUUCUCGUCUUAGCGUCGGCGUG